AUGCCACAUGCAGCCUAUGUGAUCUCAGACACAGACCGUCGUGGUCUGGUGGUCGUUGUCGCGACUCUCUUCAUGUCCUGGAUGGUUCUGGUCAGUCUCUUUCGCAUCUACAUGCGCUUGACGAUCAUAGGGCCGUGGGGGCUGGACGACUUGCUGGCAAUAUUUGCUGCUAUCUUGGGGAUCGCUAAUGUCGGGGUGGCGAUGGAAGGUGUCGACGAGGGACUGGGAAGCACAGAGAAACACCAAAGCGCAUCUCAAACCGAAGUCGCUGAACAGGACUUAUAUGCUGCGAAUAUACUGUUCCUGGCUGGCCAUUGUGCAGCCAAACUGUCCGUUCUCUUUCUCUUGCAACGUCUGGGAAGGGAAAGAUCAUAUCUGAGGGCGUGUCAGGGAGUGAUGGUGGGAAUUGUUCUGUGGGCGGUGGUAUCGAUUCUGAUCGUUUCUUUGAAAUGUCCAUUUCGUCACCCGUGGCUCAUCGGCCAGUGUGCGAGCAUUGUAAGUCCUUGCUCUCUCCCUCGAUGGCAAGCCAUCACCGUCCUCGAUGUCAUAACCGAACUUUCGUUGCUUAUCCUCAGUUUGUAUCUUGUGUGGCCGAUUCGUCUAACACGAAUGCGUAAGGCUGGUGUUAUCGGGGCGUUUGGUACGAGGAUCGGGAUUGUUAUCCUUUCCAUCGUGCGGCAAUCCAAGCUGAACACCAUUGCACAUACCAGUGACCUCCUUCUCGACAUCUCCGACGCAGUCAUCCUGACUCAGGUUCUCUUGCAUUGCAGUAUCAUGGCAGCGACACUGCCCUGUCUCAAACCUUUUGUUGUGGCUUUUAACACCGGUUGGGGUCAAGGCACAGUUGGGCAAGAUGGUGGUGGUUAUUACCAUCAGCCCAGUACGGCGUCAGCGACUGGGGAAAGGUCUCAUGCUGCUUCAGGGAAAGGAAGAUCGGAGACCUCACAGCAGAAAACUCGGGACAGGGUGGCUGUGGAUAGUUCGAGUCACCGGAACUCUCAAGAGUGGAUCAUUCAGGAGACACGAGAAUGGUCAUUGCGGUAUGAGACGAUCGAGAUGAAGCCAGUGGAUUUGAAAAGAUAA